AUGUCUGUUGAUAUUCUUUACCCAUUGAAUGUUGCUGGAUGGUGUGACCGCCGGAAAGAAUGUCGAUGCCGGAGAAGAAAUGUGGAGUCCGAGCUCGUUUUGGAUUUCUGGGACGAGAGAUGGAGACGGAAGGAACAGGGGUUCUGGACUUCUGGGACGAGAGAGGUGGAGACGGAAGGAACAGGGGUCGAAUCCACUGCAUUAAUUCAUCUUUGCUAUCUACUUCUCUCCUCCAUGGCAAACCCCCAUAUCAUUUCACUUACCCUUGUUGUAGCCGGAACUUUGGCCGGACUUCUGCCGGAGUCCGUUGUGGGACAAAACUGUGGUUGUGCCCCAGACCUGUGCUGCAGCCAGUAUGGCUAUUGUGGCAGAGGCAAGGAGUACUGUGGCCCAGGAUGUCAACAGGGCCCUUGCAGCGGCGGAAGUAGUGGUGUUUCUGUUGCCUCUUUGGUGACACCAGAAUUCUUUAAUGGGAUAAUCGCUCAGGCCGCGCCCAGUUGCGCCGGCAAGAACUUUUACACCCGCGCUGCCUUCCUCAACGCCCUCAAUUCCUAUCCCCGCUUUGGCCGGGACGGGACUUCCGACGACUCCAAGCGUGAGAUAGCAGCUUUCUUUGCGCAUGUCACGCAUGAGACUGGACACUUGUGCUACAUAGGAGAGAUAAAGCGCACCUCCAUCUACUGUGAUGACAGGAACUACCCGCAGUACCCAUGUGCUCCAGGCAAAGCAUACUACGGCCGUGGUCCGAUUCAGAUAACGUGGAAUUACAACUAUGGGGCUGCCGGCAGGAGCAUCGGAUUCGACGGUCUAAGGGAUCCAGAGAUUGUCGCCAGAGAUGCCGUGGUGUCCUUCAAGACAGCGUUCUGGUUUUGGAUGAAUAAUGUGCAUCCCGUUACCGGCCAAGGAUUUGGAGCAACAAUCCGAGUCAUCAACAGCGGUGAAUGUCAAGGAGUCCCAAGUGCUGUUCAGAGACGCGUUCAAUAUUACAAGGUGAUGAUGCACAAUCCGGCCGAUCUUAGCUGUCAACGAUCUUGCCUCUGA